GUUACGCGAUGCCUGGCAGUCACUAUCAGUUAACCACACUGGAAACCGAUCAAUAGGCUCUGUGCUAUUUUAUACAGUCUAUGUGUAACAAAUGGCACGGCGCACAAUGUCUCUUCUUCCUCACUGGUCCUCUCGUAUUUUCUCAGUGGACCUGGAUGGCGCAUCCGUCUACUUCGCAACUCGAGACAAGCACCGGGGAGAAGAUGUGCCACGGGUGUUCGGAGAAAUCCCAAACGAGGGAAGGUGUUACUCUCUCCUUGUCUGCAGCAACGACAGAAUCAGACGUGCCAAGUUUUACGGGGAGCUGAGAGAUAAAUUGUUGAGAGACUUGCCUGCGGAGUGUCAUUUGUCUCCCAUGUUUUCAUUUCUGCCAAAUGUCAAGGAUUCUCUCGUGAAGGGAUACUUUUUAAAAGACAAUUCUGAGAGUUCAUCCCCGACAGAGCGACUUUUGCGAGAUUUAAUACAGAAUGAUCCGGUGCUUGUGUGCUCUUACUUAAAAGGUGAGGACGGUGAGCUGUGGACUCAGCGUCUGUGGAGUCACACAAACAGCCAAACGGUGGAAAUGUCAAAGGAUUACUACGUGGUACCCUCAGAAGCGCCAACAUACCACCCAUCUGCUCUCAACAUCAUCAACUCUGAUGUUUUCUACAGUUUCGAGGAGGCCUAUGAAGUUAUAAAAAAGUGUGGUGACAUCAUCCCAGAGGCGACGUCUGUGCUGGAGCUGCUGCCCAGCAGAGCGGAGGCCAGAAGUAAACCAGACUUCCCUGCUAUUGUCAUAGAGGGCCUGGAUGCCACAGGUAAAACCACUCUGACUGAGUCUCUAAGGGAUACUCUAGGGGCCACUCUCAUGCCGUCCCCUCCCCAGUGCCUGUCCCCCAUGAGGGCCCGCUUUGAUCGGGAGCCGCCCCUCAUCCGCAGGGCCUUCUACGCUCUAGGGAACUACAUCACAGCAGAGCAAAUCGGCCAGGAGGGCAUGAAGACACCUGUCAUCGUUGACAGAUUCUGGCACAGCACAGCAGCGUACGCCAUCGCCACAGCAGUGAGCGGUCCAGUGUGCAACCUUCCAGCAGAGGGUUCGGAGGUUUACCGUUGGCCCAGUGACCUGCUGCAGCCCAGCCUGGUGGUCUUACUCACCCUGGACCCUGCGGAGAGAAGGAGGAGGCUGAGGAGCAGAGGUCAAGGAAAGACUGAAGAGGAGCAAGAGCUGGACCACAACCAGCUUUUUAGACUCAAAGUGGAGACGGCUUACCAGAGGAUCAGUGGGCCGCCAUGCGUCACUGUGGAUGCUAGUCCUUCUGCAGACCAAGUGCUCCAGCAAGUGCUGCUUUUAAUUAGGGGCAAAUGCCACUUGUAAACAGUUCUCCAUCUCCCCUGCUGUCGGCUAAGCAUCAAGUGGACGUAGUACCUUCUGUCACCACUGGGUGCCAGUAAGGUUUUGUGGAUGCCACAGUGGGAGGAAUGGUGUCCAGACUUGAGGAGAAAAGAUCUUUACAGAAUGAGUAAAGGUUGAAUGGCCAGAGGCCAGAACUGCAUGCUACAAUCAGAAAUACAUAUUCAUGUAGACACACACAUGCAUGCAGUCAUUCUGACACACACACACACACACACACACAAAUAUUGUAAAGAAGUGUGCACUUAACUGCUGAUGUGACCUCUCAGAAAUCAGACACACCGUCGCCUUCAUACCCAGUGAAGCUGCGCUCAUCAACUACCACUUGUAUUUUGACAGACACUGAGGAAAUGGAUAGAAACAUUUAUAUAAGCACCAGUCAGUUAGGUUUCAUUUAAGCACACAAACAUGCAAAAU